AUGGCAAAUAACAAGCUUCCUUGCAAAUUCUAUGCAACUGGUAACUGUAAGUUCGGAAAUAAUUGUAAGUUUGCUCAUGUGAAUAAUAAUAAUAGCAAUUCUCAAAACAAUGCAUCUGUACUAGAGAAAUUUAUAUCUCCAAAUACGCUUUAUGACAAGACAUCACAAAUUAAGCAAGACUUAAGCGACUACAAGCUGCUUCAGAGCAACCCAGUGUUGUCAAGUUAUGGGUUAGGGUUUCCUGCUGUCAAUAAUUUAAUACAGGGAAGGGAUCUUUCGUACGAAGAAAUCAGGCUACAAUAUCUAGAAGCAGUUGCAUCUAAUUCAAUUCCAGAAUAUGAGAGAAACAUAGAGGCCAGGCGUAAGGAUAUGGAUUAUUGUGUAGAUCGUAUACGGGGACAAGAGCAGGUUGCAGCUAGAUAUCAACAAAAGAGUGCCGAGCCUAAUGUUGGACCAGCUAAACCAUUUAUUCCAUUAAGUUUGGAGGAAAAUAUAGCGCAAUUCUCAAAUCCAGGCAACAAUGCAUUUGGCUCGGCAAAUGAUCAGAGCAAUCCAUUCGGAGCUACGACGUUUGGAAAUGCAGGCUCUUCUGGUGCGUUUGGUGCUCAGCUGAAUCCAUUUGAAUCAAAGUCGAACACCGGCUCGGGAUUUGGAAAUUCAGGAUUUGGUAACUCCAAUACAAAUAACCAAUCAGCACUUGGUGGUAGUGGUGGUACUUUUGGCAAACCUGCUUCAACGACGCCAUCGGCAUUUGGAGCGCCAUCAACAGGUUCAGCGUUUGGUUCAACUGGGUUUGGAAGCGCCCAACCCACUGCAUCAUCCGGAUCUGCUUUUGGUUCAUCAGGUUUCAGUAAUUCAAAACCAGCGGCAACGACCUCUGCAUUUGGAGCUCCUUCUACAGGAUCAGCUUUUGGUUCAAGUGGAUUUGGAAGCGCUCAACCAUCCGGAUCUGCAUUUGGAUCAUCAGGUUUCAGUAAUUCAAAGCCAGCUGCAACAACCUCUGCAUUUGGAGCCCCUUCUACUGGAAAAGCAUUCGGUUCAACUGGAUUUGGCAAUCCACCGAGCGGAUCAGCAUUUGGCUCAUCAGGAUUUGGAAAUGCAUCUACAUCUAGUGGUUCGGCACCAGACAGAAGUGCUUUUGGUCAAUCAGGGUUUGGCCAGCCUACAAACAAUACAACUAAUCUGCCGUUUGGUAAUUUGAAUAAUGAUAAUAAGGCAUCUCCCUUUGGCUCUACUAAUGGCAAUAAUGCUACCAGUGCAUUUGGAGCUGGUGGUUUGGGGUCCGGAUCAACAGGCUCGAACCCAUUUGGAUCUUCAGCAGGAAAAGGAGCAUCUCCAUUUGGAACUAUGAGUAACCAAAAUACAACUCUGGCAUUCGCCCCCUCUGCUAAUACUAAUCUUGCAUUUGGACAAGGGAGUACUAAUGGUAAUGCUUUUGGAGCCUCGAACAACACAACACAACAGUUUGGAUCUGGUAAUAAUGGCUCAGGUUUCGCAAAUAACUCAGCAUUAUUGGGUCAACCUGGCUUUGGUUCGUCGUCUACACAGCCGUCAAAUGUGUCUAAUGACACCAGUGUUGAUGAAUAUGACCCUAAGGUACUUGAAGCAUUUUCAGCUGCCAAAUUUGAGUUAGGUAAGAUUCCUGAAGUUCCACCGCCUGCAAUGAUGUGCCAGUAG